AUGGGAGGCCCAUAUGCACCUCAUACGGCUGCACUGGGCGGUCGUCCAACAAAGGAUCUCGACGUCCCCAUCUGCGCCGUCUUCCUCGUCCUCUUCGCCGCCGCUGGCGCUAGCCAUAUGACCUUGUUCAUUCGCAACCGAAAGCGAGGACACAAAUUCAUUCCAUCAGCCGUGUCAUUCGGUUUCUGCAUGUCCCGCGUCAUCGCCAAUGCGAUCCGCAUCUCUUGGGCGCAUUACCCAGCCAACAUCUCACUCGCCAUCGCAGCCCAGAUCUUCGUUGCGGCGGGCGUGCUCCUCCUCUUCAUUCUCAACCUCCUCUACGCCCAACGCAUGCUCCGCGCCGCUUUCCCUACUUUCGGCUGGUCUCGGCCAUUGUCAUGGACAUUCAAAGCCCUCUACGUGGUCGUGGUCAUCACGAUCAUCAUGUUGAUUACGGUCGUGAUCCAGAGCAUGUACUCCCUGAAUGCCAACACGCACCGUAUCGAUCGCGACGUCGAGCUCUACGGGCUGACCUACUUCGCCAUCGUCUCGUUCCUGCCUAUCCCAAUCGUCCUCCUGAUCCUCAUCCUCACGCGCUUCCGCUCGGUCGAGCACCCGGGUGCGGGAUCCUGGCACACGCGAGCUUUCAUCAUCCUCCUCGUCGGGUCACUCCUUUGUCUCGGCGCCUCGUUCCGCGCAGGCACGAGCUGGAUGGAUCCUCGCCCGCUCACGAAUCCGGCAUGGUACCAAUCCAAGGCCUGUUUUUAUGUCUUCGACUUCGCGAUUGAUUGGACGGUGGUAAUGAUUUUCCUGGUUACCCGCCAGGACAAGCGCAUGUGGGUUCCCGAUGGAAGCAGUAAGGUGCGGCAUUACCGAAUCGGAGCUGUCGAGGGCGAUGAGAAGACGGAGGUAGCAGCCCCAUUUCCCGAGCAGAGUCAGGUUAUUGUCGCGGCUUGGAACAGGCAGGAGAAGGAGGAAGCAAUGCAGCUUGCCUGA